AUGGCGCUACUUCCCGAGGCCUUCACACUCGGGCCGGUGCAGUCAGCGGCACCGGUGGCAAGGCUGACAACAAAGCCUGUGCCGACUAUGCGCGAGGCUCCAGAUCGAGGCGCACCAUCCGCCCUUGCCGUCGCUGCCACAGCUUUGGCGGCCGGCGUUGCGGUGAAGAGGCGGACGGCGGCGCGGCCGGCCGACACGAGGGCGGCGCGCGCCGCCACGGUGGCUAUGAAGGCUGGAGCUGAGACUGGCUUCGAUCUCACUGGCAAGGUGGCCAUCGUCACCGGUGCUUCUCGCGGGAUCGGCGCGGCCAUCGCCGAGCGCUUGGCCAAGGCUGGCGCCGUUGUCGUGGGCACUGCGACAUCUGACUCCGGUGCAGAGGCCAUCUCGAAGCGUUUUGAAGGAGACCUCCAGGGUGAGGGAAUGAAACUGGAUGUCACGGAUUCGGACAACGUGGCCGAGAUCGUCAAGGCCGUUACAGAGAAGUACGGGGCUCCCGAUAUCCUUGUGAACAACGCCGGCAUCACCAAGGACACCUUGAUGAUGCGAAUGAAAGAGGAGGCAUGGUUGGACGUCAUCAACACGAACUUGAACUCCGUUUUCCGUAUGACGAAGGCAGCAUCCAAGGGGAUGACAAAGAAGAGAUGGGGCCGCAUCAUUAGCAUUUCGUCCGUCGUGGGUUCCAUGGGCAAUGUGGGUCAGUCCAACUACGCUGCUGCCAAGGCGGGCAUGGACGGCUGGACCAGAGCCAUGGCCCGGGAGAUUGGCAGCCGAGGGAUCACAGUGAACUCCGUGGCCCCAGGAUUCAUUGAUACCGACAUGACUGCCGACCUGCCUGCAGAGUGGAAGGAGAAGUUGCUGGAGAACGUGCCCGUGAAGCGCUUGGGGGACCCGGGUGAGAUCGCAGAUGCG